UGAUCAUUGUCAAAAAUCGCACUAAUUCAGAUGCACGUAUACUCCAAGGUUACAAGCCAGUUCCAAAUUCAAAAGAAACAGGUAUCGCGGCACAGUGAGAGAGACGGCUUUUGCAGUAUUUCGUACACACUUUUCAGGGAAAAGGAAAUACCCCACAGUGAAACGCAAGAAUGUCCCGAUAUCGCUGCUGCCAGAAACGUUGUAUGCUCUCAAGAGCCUUUCUCGUGGAACCCGGGCAAUACUUGGCACAUCGUCAGUCAAACCCACAAUUCUAACGGUUCAAAAGAUUUCAGAGGAACCUCUGCAGCUGAAAGGAAGAAUCGCCUGUGAACGCAGACUCAAUGAUUUGCUACACUAUGGAAAAAUCUACCCAAUAUACUGUACCAAAGUUAAGC